CGUGGAACAACAUAUCAUAUGGUUUAAGCAGCGGAACCACCAGUUGGAGAACUAUUUACAUUGAUGGUUUUGUUUGAAGUAUUUAAAAAUUAAAAAUAAAUAAAUUUGAAACAUGGGUCGCGCUGAAGUUGGUACGCCCAAAUACCUGGCCAACAAGAUGAAGGCCAAGGGCUUGCAGAAGCUGCGCUGGUACUGUCAGAUGUGUGAGAAACAAUGCCGUGACGAAAAUGGCUUCAAAUGCCAUACAAUGAGCGAAUCGCAUCAGCGCCAGCUGCUUCUCUUCGCGGAUUCGCCCGGCAAGUUUCUGCAUAACUUUUCGAAAGAGUUCUCCGACGGGUAUAUGGAAUUAUUGCGUCGUCGCUUUGGCACUAAGCGUACAAACGCUAAUAAAAUAUAUCAGGAAUACAUUGCGCACAAGGAGCACAUUCACAUGAAUGCCACCCGCUGGCUGACGCUCUCUGACUAUGUCAAGUGGCUGGGACGCACUGGCCAAGUGGUGGCCGAUGAAACGGAAAAGGGAUGGUUUGUUACUUACAUUGAUCGAAGCCCGGAGGCUAUGGAACGCCAAGCAAAGGCCGAACGCAAAGAGAAAAUGGAGAAGGAUGACGAGGAGCGCAUGACAGAAUUCAUUGAGAAGCAAAUUAAGAAGGCAAAGUCCAAGGACGGCGAGGAGGAUGAAACGCAAGAGAAGUAUACCGAACUAAAACGUGAAGAGGAGCAGCCGCUGAAACUCGACAUACGAUUGGAGAAAAAGUUUCAGCCUGAGUCGAUAUUGGGCAAAUCAGCGUUGCUUACAAAACGGACAGCCAACGAAUCAGAUGAGAAGGUCUUUAAGAAACCCAAGCCAGUGCCAAUGGAGUCUAGCAGAUCAGCGCUAGAUGAGAUCAUAAAACAGGAGGAAAAGAAGAAGGAGCGUGCAAAUCGCAAGGAUUACUGGCUUCACCCGAAUAUAGUAGUUAAAUUCAUCUCUAGCUCCAUGGGCGAAAAGUUCUACAAACAAAAGGCUGUGGUCCAGGAAGUUAUAGAUAAAUACCGGGCAAAAAUUAAGUUCUUGGACAGCGGAGAAAAGUGUAAAGUUGAUCAGGCUCAUCUGGAGACCGUGAUACCCGCCUUGGACAAGGAAGUGCUCGUGGUGAAUGGCGCCUACAGAGGCUCCGAAGCUUUGCUCAAAAGGCUAAAUGAAAGCAAAUAUUGCGUUACCAUUGAGAUACUGCACGGCCCACUAAAGGGGCGAAUCGUGGAGAACGUGCAGUACGAAGAUAUUUGUAAAAUACAUGGCACGUAGUCUUGAAAUGAUUAAGUUAAUUUGUUAAGUUAAGAUUUAAGUUUGUAUACGCACAAUUGAAUGUUCAUUUAAUGUAAGAAAUGUGGAAUGUUUUGAUGUCCAUUUUGCGGCUUCA